UGACAUAUUUAUGACUGGCAAGUAUUGUUGCCAGUGGUCACACAGCUUGUCAGUAGGUGAAAUGUCACCUAAUAAUAGGAAUAAAGAAAUAAUAAUAAUAUCGUUAUAACCAGGGCCGACCCUGGGGCAUUUUCACUGGGCAACAUUUUUCAAAAUCUCCAUUUGUUGUCUUACAUGAUCUGCAGGUUUUAGAGGGGUGUACUCACUGUUUACCUGCAUAAAUGCAUUAAAUUAAAACAAUAUAUAUUCAUCUGACAUAAAAAUGUUGCCACAAAAUUAAGUCAAAAACAAAGUAAAGUUCAUGCUAACAGGUCCACACAUUUGUAAAUCCAAAAGAAGAGAAACAAGUACUCCUUAAUCCAGCUCUCCAGACCCCACAUUCCAGUAAAUAUAAUCAAGAGGCUUUUGCAUGUUUGUCCCAUUAUGCAUAUGUGUACUUUACUUUUAACAUAUAAAAAUAUAUAGCACAAAAACCUGUGCACAACUUCACACGGUUUAUCUUGUCCUCAUUAAACCCACUGACUGACUUUCAAUAGUGUUGAUCCUCCUGGAUCUGUUAUUUUCUUCCUUCUGCUCACAUCACAGAGCAUACAGCCUCUGUUCAAUGAAUCCUCAGCAGUGUCAGCGUAUUAGAAAGCUAGUCUGGUAGUGGAAAAGUCACUUGUAAAACCUAAUACGAAACAGCCAUUAUGACAGCAUGACAGAAUGAGAGUAGAAAGAAGAAAGAAGAAAAUAUCAUUUCUAUAGCGCCUCUCAAGAUAAAAAUAACGAGGCGCUUAGUUAGUUAGUUAGUUAGUAAGUUAGUUAGUUAGUUUUCACAGAGAAAGUUAAUGAUAAGCAGCCAGCGUCCCGACAGUGUUCAUGCAGUUCCUGCAAGGGUCUCGCUGGUAAAGAAAGGAUGGAAACUUUGGUCCAGCAGCUGACUAAAGGCACCAGCCUGUUCCUUAUCAUCACUUUGGGCCUCGGCGGAAGCUUUCAGAACGGUUACCACCUGACCAGCCCAAGUUCUCCUUCACCUUUCAUUCAGCGCUUCAUCAACAGCAGCUGGUACGACCGAUACAGCGAGCCUCCUCAUCCGCAGACGGUCACAAUGAUUUGGUCUCUCGUCGUCUCGAUGUAUGCUGUCGGGGGACUCUUUGGUGCUGCCAGCGUCAAUUUUAUCUCACGCAGGCUUGGAAGAAAAAAGGCAAUAAUCUGCAGCAGCCUCAUUUCCAUCGUCGGCAUGGUGACCAUGCUCACAAGCAAAUACGCCAACACGUUUGAAAUGAUCAUUGUUGCAAGAAUCCUGUAUGGAUACUCAUCAGGUUUAGGAGGAAGCAUCCAUUUAAUCUAUCUUGGGGAGAUUUCACCCAGGAGGAUCAGAGGUCCUGUAACUCUCACGUACGUCAUUUUUCUUUCUCUUGGGAAACUAUCUGGACAGAUUUUUGGAUUAAGUGAGAUACUUGGUCGAGAGGACAUGUGGAAUGUCCUCCUCUCUGUCCCUGCGUGUUUCUCAUUGGCUCAGGUUGCAGUGCUGCCUUUUCUUCCCGAGGCUCCCAGAUAUUUAUUCAUAGAGAAACGAGAUGACGAGGCCUGCAAAAAAGCUCUCCAGCGUCUGUGGGGAAAAGGCGAGUACAAGCAAGAAAUGGAGGAAAUGUUGACCGAGAAGCUGGCCCUGGAAGCAGCUCACCUAAAAAGCUUGCUGCAGCUGCUGAAGGACAGGGCUGCCCGAUGGCAGCUCAUCACCAUGUCCAUCAUCGGCUACUGCAACCAGCUGUCUGGCACGCUGGCGAUUAGCACCUUCGCUUUUGACGUCUUCCUGGAGGUGGGCAUUCCAAAAGACGACAUCCGCUAUGCCACUCUGGGUCUUGGUGUGUCAGAAAUCCUCACCUCCAUCUUCUGUGGUUUUCUGAUUGAGCUCACAGGGAGGAGACCGUUGCUCUGGAGAGGCUACGCUGUCACGGCUGCCUGCUGGAUCCUGGUCACCAUCACACUCAAUCUGAAAGAUUUAGGCCCCUGGAUUCCAUAUGUCACUGCUACUCUGAUCUUCCUCUUCCAGGUCUCCUUUCGUGGAGGACCUGGUGCAGUUGCUUCUACACUCAGAAGUGAACUCUUCGUCCAGUCUGAUCGCCUGGCCGCAUUUGUGCUCAUGGGGCUGCAGUGCUGGUUCUUGAUCGCACUGUUGGGACUAGUUUUUCCCUUUAUAAUUAACUCCCUGGGUUCGUACUGCUUUGUGCUGUUUGGCUGCGUGUGUCUGCUGGGUAGCCUUUACACCUUCUUCCUCCUGCCUGAGACUAAAGGGAAGACCCUGCUGGAGAUCUCAGAGGAGUUUAAAGCCAUCACUGUCUGUGGAAAGUCCUUCUCAGAGGAAAAGAAAGUGGAGACCAGGCUGUAAGGCUGCAUUCAUGUAGAUGGGAGACCGUUCAAGUGAAGGGAAAAUGCACUGAGACAGGGGACUUCAUCCGGAAGGUAUUAGUACAGGUUUAUAAGAAGGGUUCACAAAGAAUUUUGAAUUGCAAAUAUUGCAAAAAUAUACAAAUAAGUGUCUAAAAUAACAAUGUAAAACUGAGAAUAACAACCCAACAUCAUGGCAGUAGCAAUUUCCAGAGUUUACAAGCCUCACAGCAGAGAAGAUCAGUCUUGCUGGAAGUAGCUCCGUCUUCUGUCUGUAUGAAGGAGGCUGGGUGGCUGGGAGCCACGUCUCAAAAGGAAAUAUGUGUAAUAAAAAGAAAGAAAGAAAGAAAGAAAAUGAUCAUUUCCUCUCAAGAUAAAAAUUAUGAGGCCUUUUCCAAAAGCAAAAAAUGUAAAAUAUAAAAAAGAUUUUUAAAAAUGAUUAAAAUAUGUUUAAAAUGAGCAAAAAAUAGACAAUUGUGAUUGAAAAAUGAAAGAGAGAGAGAGAGAGAGAGAGAGAGAGAGAGAGAGAGAGAGAGAGAGAGAGAGAGAGAGAGAGAGAGAGAGAGAGAGAGAGAGAGAGAGAG